AUGGCGGCCGAUGGCAAGCUAGAGGAUUCUUUGGUAUCCGAUGAAGGGAAAUAUGGAGGCGUUCGAAAUGAUCAACGCACCAGUAAAGGGAUGCUUUUGGGCAUUGGUCAAGAUGAAACAGUUGCAAGGAUUGAAGACAGGAUUGCCACCUGGUCACUUAUUCCAAAAGAUAAUGGUGAAGCCAUGCAAAUAUUGCGUUACGAACAUGGGCAAAAAUAUUUACCCCAUCAUGAUUUUUUCGGCAAUGGAGGCCAGGACUUUCUCAAUGGUGAGCGGGUUGCCACAGUGCUAAUGUAUUUAUCUGAUGUAGAAAAGGGAGGUGAAACAGUAUUCCCACUUUCUGAGGCUAUGUAUGUACAACCAAAAGAUGAUGGUUCAUGGUCUGACUGUGCAAAAAGAGGCUAUGCAGUGAAACCAAAGAAGGGGGAUGCAAUAUUGUUCUUCAGUCUUCAACCCGAUGCAUCACUCGACACAAGUAGUUUACAUGGGAGUUGUCCAGUGAUUUCUGGUGUAAAGUGGUCGGCAACAAAGUGGAUUCAUGAGGAGGAUGAUCUGCAAGCCAUAUGUGCAACUGGUGUAGCAGUGCAGCUCUUCGGGGAGUUUCAUCAUUCCAAACUGUGGUUCCUGUAUAAACAUCCAAAGGAAUCCAAUCUGGCUAGAUUCUGUUAA